GUCUGGAGGUCCCUUGUUUAUCUCAGCGAACACAAAAGGAGCUUGGCUUGGGGGGAGGAGACAAGAAAUGCUGACUUCUCGCGAGAGUUGGCAGAUAAUUCUAUUAAGAGCUUGGGCUGGUGCGCGUGCGGCAUUGUGGGAGAAAAGGAACUUCCUGAGAGACAUGGAAGGAGGCAGAGAAGCGCCAGGCAAAGUCAGCCGGUGGUUUGGCGUCACCAUGCCCAAGUCGAUGAAGACCAACGUGAACAUCCUCCAUCAGGAGAAGCUGAUUGCCCAGAAGAAGCGGGAGAUCGAGGCCAAGAUGGAGCGGCAGGCCAAGCAGAGUCACUUGGCCCGGCAGCAGUCCUCACAGGCCAGCGACGAUGAGAGUGGCGAGGGUGAAAGCACCGUGUCAAACAAGUUUGCCAACGAUGGGAGCUUCCUCCAACAGUUCCUCAAACUGCAGAAGGAGAAAUCUGGAAGCGGAGCUUCCUCCAGUUCAGCAGAGGCCUCUGCGAUGCAGCCUCCACCGGCCAAGAAGCCACCUUUAACUGGGAAGAGGCCCAACCUCAGUGUCAGCAGCAUGCUGAACCAAGUCAAGAACUACACUCAUUCCAAGCAGACGCCUGUCACCAACCGGCUCAGCGUUUUCCAGUCGCCCGAUGAUGAGGAAGAAGAGGACUACGAACAGUGGCUGGAGAUCAAAAUUUGCCCCCCAGAGGACCUCAGGACCCGCCGGAUUGUGGAGAAGCUGGCCCGGGUGGUGGCCGAAGGGGGCCCUGAGAUGGAGAAAGUGGCCCUGGAAGACUGCAAGGACAACCCUAACUUUGCAUUUCUGCAGGAUAAGAACAGCCCAGAGUUUCUGUACUACAGAAAGAAACUGGCAGAGAUGUGGAAGAAAGGCCAAGACCCUGAGGAGACCUCUUCGUCCCAAAAAGUUUCACCCCCAGACGACAAGGAGACCCAGGACUGUGCCGAGAAGCUGGCCCGGUUUGUGGCGGACGGGGGGCCCGUGGUGGAAACAGUGGCCCUGAAGAACCACCGGGAGAACCAGGCUUUCAGGUUUCUGUAUGAACCCAACAGCUCCGGCUACAAAUAUUACCGGCAGAAGCUGGAGGAGUACCGGAAAGCCAAUGAAAGCGCUGAGGGGCCUCCCCCAGCCUCCGAUGCCAACCCCAAGCGCAAAGCUGCCCCCGAAACGAUGCCAUCCUCCUCUUCUGCUGCAACGUCAGCAGCAUCACCAACAACCCCUCCACCGUCGGCAAAGGCAGUGGCUGCGUCCGCUGCCAAAAAGAAACGGAAAAGCCGGUGGGGCCCUGAGGAGGAGAAAGUGGACCUGCCUCCCCCAGAACUGGCUCAUCAGACAGAGGAGCCCUCGCCCACCCCACUCUCUGUCCAGGACCUCAAGGGGCUCGGCUACGAAAAGGGGAAGCCGGUCGGCCUGGUGGGAGUGACAGAGCUGUCGGAUGCCCAGCGGAAGCAGCUGAAAGAGCAGCAAGAGAUGCAGCAGAUGUACGACCUGAUCAUGAAGCACAAGCGGGCCAUGCAGGAGAUGCAGAUCAUGUGGGAGAAGACGGUCAAGGGCCACAAGUCUGGCUAUGAUAGCGAUGAGGAGGUGGACAGCGAGCUGGGCACCUGGGAGCACCAGCUGAGGCGCAUGGAGAUGGACAAGACGCGAGAGUGGGCCGAGCAGCUGACCCAGAUGGGCCGGGGAAAGCACUUCAUUGGGGACUUCCUCCCCCCGGACGAGCUGGAGAAGUUCAUGGAGACUUUCAAAGCGCUGAAGGAAGGCCGUGAGCCGGAUUAUUCUGAGUACAAAGAGUUCAAGCUGACGGUCGAGAACAUCGGCUACCAGAUGCUGAUGAAGAUGGGCUGGAAGGAAGGGGAUGGCUUGGGCAGCGAUGGACAGGGCAUCAAAGCCCCCGUCAACAAGGGAGUAACUGCCGUCGAUGGUGCUGGUUUUGGGAUCGAUCGCCCAGCUGACUUGAGUAAGGAGGACGACGAAUAUGAAGCCUUCCGCAAGAGGAUGAUGCUGGCCUAUAGGUUUCGGCCCAACCCACUGAACAAUCCCCGGCGUCCAUACUACUGAUUCGGCUUUGUGUUGAUCCUUCCAAUGAAGCUGUGGUUUGUUUGUUAACUGUGAUAAUAACAUUGAUCCACCUGACCUUUUGCUUUGAAAUUCCCUCUGUUUAUUAUUUUUUAGGAUCUGAUCCGUUUAGCUUCCCGGCUACAAAACGUAGACUCAGAGAAAGGGUUCAAAGAAGAACCCAAAACACUUAAAAUACAGGAAUGUUUUUCAUUUGUUUCCCUACAAAGUUCAUCUCUAUAAGAGCAUAGACAUCAAGGGCAGACCCCAAAGCCAACGCUAGUAGUAGCCCAUCCUCCCCACCCCAAAUUUUGAGGUUCAAAAUCCAGGUUUUUGCCCAGAGAAAACCCGAAACGGAUCCAAUGCCCUGCUGAAGCCGGACGCCAUUCGUUUCGCCCCAAAUUGUACCACUCUUUUCCCCAUAUAUUUUGAAGGGGUUGUUUUUUGGCAUGUAUUUGCUUUUUUGUUUGGGGUUUUUUUUUUUGUUUUGUUUCAACGAACGAUGGUUAGAUUUAAUGCUUUUUGGCUUUGGAUGAACCCAUUAAUAAAGCUAAUAGAAACAA